AUGGGGUACAGUUGGUGGGACCAUGAGUCAAACCAACGACUGCACCGGAAAAGGGAUCAAUGGGACUGCAGCAACCACCGAGGCAUUGCACUGCUCAGUAUACACAGUAUACCAGGCAAGACUGUCGCUCACAUCCUUCUGAGACGUGUUACAGACCACCUUCUGAGGCACCAGAAGCCAGAGCAGUCUGGAUUCACUUCUGGUAAGUCAACAACAGACUGCAUCCUUGUGCUGCAAGUCAAUGUAGAGCGCCAUCGUGAGUUUAGGAGAGGGUUGCUUGCAACUUACAUAGACCUCAAGAAGUCGAUUGAUACGGUGCAUUGUGAAUCACUGGUAGAUCCUGAGAUGAAUCUCGACAAGGAUUAUUGGAUUAAUAGCAAACCCGACAAUCGAGACCUGUGUGACGACCUAGGAAGUCGUGGCUAG